UCCCGAAGUAGCGCACGGUCAUUUCAGCACUAUCUAAAGGGGACAGCUCCCGUGCGCGCCUCAUUAACGGACGAGAAGGAAGUUAAUUGUUUCACUGUGAUUCAUGUAACAUAUUACGAGGGGACAUGGAUGAUGUUUUCUACAACUAUUCUUUUGCAGUGAACUCCGGUUACACUAACUUCACUGAUGAAGACUGGAUCCUCGAUGAUGGAGGGGAAACUAUUCACUUUGUCAUUCGAUGUGUCAUGACAUCCGUUUAUAUUCUGAUCAUAACCAUUGGCUUGUUAGGGAACAUCACUCUUGUGAAGAUCUUCAUCACCAACAGCGCAAUGAGGAGCGUUCCCAACAUAUUCAUCUCCAGUCUGGCAGCAGGAGAUCUCUUACUGCUGGUCACUUGUGUGCCCGUGGAUGCGUUCCGUUAUCUGUUUGAAGAGUGGAUUUUUGGCGUGGUGGCGUGUAAACUGAUACCGGUCAUUCAGCUCACUUCGGUUGGAGUGUCGGUGUUCACUCUUACUGCGCUGAGCGCAGACAGGUACAAGGCCAUAGUGAACCCUAUGGAUAUCCAGACCUCCAGCGCAGUGUUCUGGACCUGUCUGAAGGCUGGUUCUAUCUGGGGGGUAUCUAUCCUGCUAGCCGUGCCAGAGGCCGUCUUCUCACAGGUGGUCUCCAUGCACGGCCGAAACAAUGUGACCUUCGUGAACUGUGUGCCCUACCCCCUGUCCAAUCAGAUGCAUCCUAAGAUUCACUCGGUCAUGAUCUUCCUGGUGUACUUCCUGGUUCCGUUGGGCAUCAUCUCUGUUUACUACUACCACAUUGCCCGCACGCUCAUCAAGAGCGCUCAUGACAUGCCCGGAGAGAUCAGCGAGCACACCAAGAGACAGAUGGAGACCAGGAAGCGCCUAGCCAAGAUCGUGUUGGUGUUCGUGGGUCUGUUCGCCCUGUGCUGGUUCCCAAACCACAUCCUCUAUAUGUACCGUUCCUUCCACUACCAGCAGAUGGACCUGUCUCUUGCCCACCUCAUAGUCACCCUACUGGCAAGAAUCCUCAGCUUCUCCAGCUCUUGCGUCAACCCCUUUGCCCUUUACCUGCUCAGCGAAAGCUUCCGGCGCCACUUCAAUGCCCAGUUGCGCUGUGGGCGGAAACCGUACCACGACAGGAACCCCAGCUACAUGCAUAGCACCUCUGCCAUACGCCUCACCUCCAUCAAAAAGCCCUCCGCCGCGCCCUCCGUCCUUGCCAACGGCCAUGGCAACAGGCAGGAGGUCUCCCUGUAGGGGUUGCAGGUCAAAGGUCAACCCCAACCGCAGCUAGACAUCCAGGAAAACCAGGUCAUCCAGGCAAUGGUCACUGUCAAACAACUGAAACCCUAGGAUCACAAUUCAUGAGGGAUUAUUGAUACAUUUUGAAAAUACUGUUGGUUCACAAGGCGGACUAAUGACUAAUGGCCAUAGGGAGUCAACUGGAAGGUAAAGUUGAAGGUUCACAUUUUAGUUUGGGAUUGAACCAAGUGGUUUUAACCUAAUCUGUCACACAUGCAUGUUUUCUGCAACCGUUUUCUCUUUGAGAACCCAUCUGAUCUCGAACCUUUUGUGACACUUCUGAAAACUAUAGUCAAGUCUUUACUCUUACUGAAUGUGUAGUAUUACAGAUUUGUAAGACACAUCUUCCCAUAGGGAAACUAUUCUUUGGAUUUUGUGUCUAUUCCUGUCUUUGGAGUUCUUUGUUUUUUUCUGAAUUUGACGCACAACUCAAAACUCUACUCCGUCACACAGCCUAAGUGCAGUGAUCCAUUAACAGAGUUCAGAGGCUGAAUUUAACUGAUGACAUUUUGAAAUUGCAUUUGACAGUCCUUGCAUGGCAGUAUGAGAUAGCUGGCAUAGAGGCAGGUGGAGAAACCUUAUAGAAAGAGAACCAAAUCCUAUUCACUGCUAAUUGCAUGCACUAUUGCUGUAUUUGGAUAAUUACAGCAAUUACGGUUUCAAUUACAAAACACUUUACAGACAAAGGGCCUUUUCCAUUUAUAGGGCCUAGUGGACAAGAAACAUCAGUAUAGGCCCAGUUCAAAUUAAACUAGCUAGAAAAACACACAUCCACACCAACUAUUCACACAUAGCUAGUGAGGAGAAAAUAGAGCAAAUUUUUGGUAAAAAUCUAUUCACACAUGCAGCAAUGAGGCAAGUUACAAUACAUUGUCAAUGAAAGUCAGGGUUGGCGGAGGAGCCAAGGAGUGGUGCGUUGGAUUUCAGCGUUGAAGGUUGAAACUAUAUAGUGAUGCUGGGACAUGUCAACCAAUCAAUGGACCCCAUAACACGUAAUGUCAAUUGUCCUGCUGCUCUACUUGUCCCAUAUGAUUUAUGAGAUUUAAACAAGGACGUACUAGCUAUCUUGUACCAUCUUAGUCAUCACCACCCUUUGUUUAUUGUUAUUACAGACAAAGCAAACAAGGAUUCUAGUAGCUAACAAACAUAACUAGCAAGCUACCUGUAGCUUCCAGCUUUUAAUCACUGGCUGCACUGCUGCGGUUGUGAAUGCCCUACACUCGGCAAUGCAAGUUGUUUAAACACACAGCAAGGAAAAGCAAGCAAAUUGUCAUCACAUGAAGACUGGAAAAUAAAUCGAACUUCCUAUUCUUAAAAGCCACGUACAGAAAUUCCUGUUUAGAUAUGUAUGUAGAUCUCACAAAGGGGCAUCCCAGUCAGAUAUACAAAUCAUCAUAAAAGGCUAUGUUGGUUAUCUCCCCAAACACCUGCACGGGAGCUGUGCCAUGUGAAUGAUGACUGGGGACCCCAUGGCUCAAACACUGAGCGCAGGAAAUCUGCACAGGCUUCUGGACCCUGCGGUUUCUGUGAUGUGAAAGGGCCUGGGAAGUGGCAGAAAAGAUGGAAGGGUUACGGCAUGCAGCCGAGACAGGCUCUAGUGGUUUCCCUCAUAGGAUCACUGUGACUCAUGCAUGUGCCAUUUUUUGUUGGGUAAUGGCUAUUUGCAAAGACUGAACUCUAGGCUAUGGAACCCUAGGCUAUACAACAACAUUAUUAUUUAUUGCCUUAAUUUGUAUGGUAGUGUAAUUAAGACGUAUUAUUGUGUUAUUUUCAGCUAUGAAUAGAGGG